CGAUGAUCGAUCAACAAUCUGUCAUAGAGCCCUGGGGUCUGAACUGAUCUAGUGAAUGUCCUAUUCAAAUGCUCAGACAUGGCUGGUGACCUGGCAUUCACUGCAUAGUGAGCUCCUUUGCAAUGCACCUUCCUUCCCUGCCUGCUGCCUGCUGCCUGAUUGGUGGCGUCUAUGAGUCUACCUGCUGUCCUCGAACUUCAUAGCUAUCACCACUGGCAUCAAAGUGUCUCUCUCCCCCCUCUGUUUGUGCGAAACCAAACGUCUAAAGAGCUCGUCCCUUGUCACGACCGGUGAAGAGCAAUCCAUCACCAUCUUAGCCGCCUACGCAAUUCUAAGAACAUCACGCUUUGCUGGACACAAACAAUUCCGCUCCUCACCAUGCAGCAAGGGUCCAUUCUCCCCUUCCUUCAGAAGGCAAAGUCCUCGAGACCAGACACCUCGCGACCUGGUCAACCUUAUCACCCCCGACCCAACUCCAACAAAUCCAAGUUCAAACCCAGCUCAACUGGACCACACCGUGGGCCCAACCGUCGCCGCAACAUGCAUCUCAAAGAGGUAGCAGACGAGACCAAGGUCGAACUCCCAAAGAUACUGUCCGCCAUCUCCAGCUUGAACGCUGCAGAAUCAUAUGUCUACGAUUUGAAAGAUCUGGGUGCGCUCAGUGCAAAUGACUGUCCCGGUUUCCUGUUACCAUUCGGUGAUGCCGAUGCUGGGAAGAAAGGAACACGCAUCCGAGUCUAUGACAUGGACACGUUCGAUGUAGCACUACAGCUAGAGCCGACUUAUAAAGUGUGUACCCACCUAGGCAUGCCGAACCCGAUCGUGCCCACCACAUCAACUGACCAUGCGCCAAUGGACGAGGAUUCGAUAGAUUAUGUUGCCACGGCUAGGGGGUUAGAAAGCACCUUUGCCAAACGUACCGCUACCCCCAUGACUUUCAGGGGACGUACCGCCAGACCCGUAGCAGUUCUGAACCUCGCAUCUGAGCGUUCGCCUGGGGGUGGCUGGCAGAAUGGCGCCCUCGCCCAGGAAGAGUGCCUCUGCUACCGCUCGUCGCUCUACCUCUCCCUACACAAGAGCUACUAUCCACUACCCUCUUUAUCCGCCAUCUACACGCCCUCUGUGGUCCUGAUAAGAGACGCCAUGUCCCGCGGACACACCCUCCUGACUCCCUUCGAAGUACCUGCCAACCUACCUGUUACAUCCGUCAUCUCCAUUGCAGCGCUUCGCAAGCCGCAGCUCUCGGAAGGCGACAAGACUUUCAAGAACAUAGGACAGAGGGCCGAGACGAAGCGCAAGAUCCGCAUCACGCUACGCGUAGCGGCGCACAAGGGGCAUACGAAGCUGGUACUCGGUGCUUUGGGGUGUGGUGUCUUUGCCAAUCCACCCAAAGAAGUGGCAGAGUGCUUUCUGGAAGUGCUGAGGGAGAACGAGUUUCAGGGAGGCUGGUGGGAGGAAGUGGGCUUCGCUGUGCUUGAUAAUGUCAAAGGACCGCAUGGCGGGAAGGAUGGCGAGGGGAACUUUGGUAUAUUUCAUCGGGUUCUGGAUGGUCAGUUAGUGUGA